CGAGUAACUCACUACUGUACCUCUAUCACCCGUCGCGAACAUUAUUAUUUUGUAGCCAGAAUGACUCAAAGACCUCCAUGGGUCACACGCGAGCUCGCCUCCAUCCUGGGGAUCGAUGAAGAAUCCGUGAAACAGAUGAUCAUUCCAGAUCUCGAGGGUUACACUUCCCAAGCCCGUCUGACGAGUCAUCUUCAAGAUUUUCUCGGAUCAUCAACAGCCGCUAAAUCAUUUUCCUCACGAUAUCUAGCAUUACGUUUCCCAACCAUUUCCAACCCAUCUCUUCUUCCUCCAUCAUCUACCUCUUCACUCAAACCUUCCCCUACUCCAUCUCCUCUUUUCUCACAAAACGCUACGAAAACAUCCUAUCCGGGCUCACCGAACACACAAGACUCAAUCAGUAACGCAUUCGGUCCUGGUGGAAAGAUUUAUCAGAAAAAUCGAGAUGCAGACGAUUCCUCACGUCAUAUACAACCAUCUGUCCCAAGACAAAAAAUCGGAGGGUUGAGUAUUGUUGAAAAAGCUCAGAAAUCGUCUCAAGCUCAUGAGAGUCAUCGUGAUGUUCAAGGAUCUGGAUCGGGGAAAGGGAAAGCGAAAGCGAGCGGGAAAGGGGAUAAGAUAUGGGAUAAAGAGAAAUCUGAAGUCGUUGUGAAACUUGAGAAUGUUCUGAGAAAUUUAGAGAGGAUGCAAUUAGGUCAAGGUGCUUUAGAGGAAGAAGGGCAUUUGGAUUGUUUUUGUCAAGCUCAGAUCCAUCCUCUAUCUCAAUACACACCUCAUUGUGGUAAAUGUGGUUUAAUCAUCUGUUCACUUCACCCAUCUCAUCUACCAUGUCCAUCAUGUCGUCGUUCCCUUUUAUCCCCUGCUCAACUUUCCCGUCUUAUCGUAUUAGUUCAAGGUCAAUUAUCUCAACAACUUUCCAUAGAAGAAUCAGAAGAAGAAGAACGUAAAAGAAUUCAACGUGAACAAUUACUAGUUCAAUCAGGUGGAGGAUCAUUUCCUUCUUUAUCAUCUUCCAUCACUACAUCCAUCAACUCUCAUACUUCUAACUCUACGACAGAAGGAAGAAAAGUAUUGAAUUUAUCAAAAGGAAAAGGAAAAGCAACAUUGACAACUUAUACAAUGGUACCUAUUUUACAAAAUGGUAAUGGUACUAAUACUCUGAAUGGAGGGAAAGAAGGUAAGAAAGAAAUUAAAGAAAGGGAAAUAAGAGAGGAUAUUGUUGGUAAACCAAAAGAAGGUCCGGAUAAUAAAGGUGAAAAAGAUUUAAUAAAAGUUUUGAAAUGGAGAGAAGAAGAAGAUAGACCUUGGGGUGAUAUGAAAGGUAUUAAGAAAGAAGAUGUUUGGGAAUAUGUUGGGAAAGGUAAUGUGGUUGAGAUUUUAGAAGAAGGAAUGGUGGGCAGAAGAAAAUCUAAAAAAUUAAAAGGUAUAGGAAUGGAUGGGAAAUUGGUAGUUGGUGCUGCUACCUGAUCAAGUUGAUGAUAUUCUACAAGUACUCGUUCUACUCGCACUUCAUCUACCCUCAUCAUCAUGACCGAGGAGUGACGAACGAGUCGAUAAUUAGUAAAAUCAGUAUUAUGUGGGGUUAUGAAGAAGUUGAUCUCGAGUUCAUAUGUAAUAAAGACGAAGAUGAUCGAGAUUACAAGUCAAAAUAAGAAACACAUUUUAUCAUGCAUCAAAUUCAUCUCU